AUGCGGUACGGCACGCUGUGCGUGGUGGACCUCAAGCGCCGCAGCUUCAGCGCGGAGAUGUACGCGCUGCUGGUCAACUUUGCAAACCUGGUGGUGCAAGAGCUGAUGACGGAUGGCCUGCUGACCCCGGCGGCCGAUGUGUGGUCCUUUGGCGUCAUCUGCUGGGAGAUGUACAAGUGGCGCAGCGGCGUGCGCGCCUACGUCGGCCACCGCAUGCCGCACGUCGUCUUCCUGGUGACCAGCGGCAAGGGGGCGCUGGCGCUGCCCGAGGGCGCGCCGCGCGGCUACCAGGCGCUCAUGGAUGCCUGCCUGCAGCGCGACCACCAGAAGCGGCCCAGCUUUGAGGAGCUGGUGUCCCGCAUCGAUGCGCUGCUGGCGGCUGGGGAGGAGGCUACGAUGGCGCCGCCGCCGCCGCCCAUGAACAUGGGUCCCUGCAAGGCAUCUGCAGAGAUGGCGGCCGCCGCUGCAGCAAUGGUCAAGAACUGA